AGCGGCCUCGUCAGCCAAUGGGAGAGCGCGGCGCUGCAGUUUGAACUGCGGCGUUAACGGUCGGGUCGCGCGCGGGGCUGCUCUCGUCACACAGCGGGCGGGUGGUGGCGGCGGCUGGCGCCGGGCUCAGGUAGAAGAUGGCUGAACGCUUGAAAAAGCCCUUCAAAGACAGCCUGAGCGACAUAAAAGAACGGAUGAAAGAGAAGAGAAAUCAGAAAUGGAUAAGGUUGGGUAAAACUAGCCAGAUCACGACUAUAAAGUGCAAAAGGCCAACCAACAGCUCUGUGCAAAUGAAGAGCAUCCAAGCAAACAACAAAGCUCUGGCUCAGGCUUUGCAAGAGGAAAAGCUCAAACUGAGGGAUGCCCAAACUACCAUUCUUCAUUUAAGGAAAGAGUAUCAAGAUCUGAAGUUUCAGAUGUUUGCCUUGCAAAGAAAUCUUUAUUUCAAGCAAGCACAAGAACUUGUUGAGACUAAACUGUCAGCCUUGAGUGAGAUAAUCUCAAAAGUUUCUAAGAACUUAUUGGAGUCAGUUGAUCUCCUUGGCCCAGCAAAGGACUUCUGUGCCGUAGGUGGUGUAAACCAGAGAGUGCUUUCUUCAGUGCUUGAAAAUAAUUCCAGUGUCAUAAGAAAAAUAAGUUCUGUAGAGCUUCCACAGUGUGCUGAUGGAGAUGAUCAGGUACUUCCAAGUAGAAUGAUGGCUGAUAGUGAAACAAACGAGCCGGCUCAUUCUGUGACAGAUACUCAUCAGUUACCUGGCAAUGCCAUUUCUUCAGUCAAAAUAACUCUAGACAAAGGGCAAACAUCUGAUUUUGGUGUGGACAACGUAGUGUCAGAGCUGGAAAGUGAUUCUUCAAAUGGAGAUGGAUUUACUACCAGGUUACCAAAAAAUGUGUCCACCAGGCGUCGCUGUUCAAAGACGAGAAAUCAAGAUGAACUUCGCAUGGGUGUCUUGGGCUGCUUGGGAGCACUUGAUUCAACAAGAAUGCCUUCUAAAGAGGAUGAAAUUGGACUUGAAAGUCUAUAUACGUGUACUGCAGAAAACAUAAAUUCAGAUAUUUCUCACGUAAAUGAGGUAGAUUCUGAGCUGGUGUUGAGGCAGUUGGAUUCUGAAACUGCAAAAGUCAAUUCAGAAAGCGGUGCUGAUCUUAAGCAACAUAAAUAUAAAAGCAGAGAAGCCUCUCAACUAGUAAGAGAGAAGCAUCAGAAGGCAAAAGUGGAAGGGACUAAAAAUACUUGCAGACCAAGACAAAAGAAAAGACAGGGUAAAGAGAAUUCCAAAGUAAAACUGGACUUCUUGGGUGGCUCCAAUGAUGCUUAUGACUUCAAUUUUGAAGAGAGUGUCCAUGUUACACCUUUUCGACAAAAUAAGGUCAAUGACACAGAUGAUGUUGUGGAUGACAAAGAAAAUUCAUCUGAAACUAAUACCAUCAAGUCAAGUGAUAGUGAAGAAGAUUUAGAUGAUAGCCUUUAUGUACCUUAUAAGAAGAAAUCCAAAAAAAGGAAAAGCUCAACGGACAAGACAGAUAUGUCACCAGUCCCUGUAAGACCAAGGUCUAAAAGAUGUUUGGUACAGCGUGAUCAGAAACUCUACAAUGAAAAAGAGACUGCAAGCAAUAAAUCAAGUGACAAGUCUGUUAAGCAAUCUUCUGAGCUGUCUCGUGCUCAUCUCUGUGAUGUUACCAAUACUGCUUCAUCACUCCCUAGCACUGGGAGUGCACCUAUUGUCCCUGAAGGUGAAAGACCACCAUCUCCAAAACACAAGCGUAGCUGUACUCUGAUUAGGAGCUAUAAAGAACCAAGUAUUUCAGGGAAACUUAGAAGAGGAGAUCCAUUUACAGAUAUGCAUUUCCUGAAUUCUCCAAUUUUCAAGCAGAAAAAAGAUCCUAAAAGAUGCUCUAUUAGGAAGAGAUCUCUAUCAAAAUACAAUGAGAAAUUUGUUGGUUGUUGAGAUUUCUUGUCAUGCUCACAGAAUUAUGAACAAAGGAAAUCUUUUUUCAUCUAAGAAACUAUUAUACUAUGCAAUUAUGUCUAGUUAUCUAGUGAGAGUAUAGAACGAAGCGUUUUUUGGUUUUAAUCCAAUAACUUUGUUUUUAAUGACAUACGAGACAUGACAUUAAAUGGAAUCACCUCAGUUACCCCAGGUAAACUCUUUGGGGAGGAAACAUUCCUACAUCCUAAAUUUAUGAUUUUAUCAGAAACAUGAUGGAAAACAUGGGUGAGUGAAAUUUGACUUCAUCUGACUGGCUGGCACAGGUGAACUUCAGGCACUGAAGAUCUAACUUUUUUUUUUUUAAUAAGCGCGUUUGUACAGAUCUUAUUUAUGUAAUGUUUGUAGUUUCAUAUUGAAGCUCAUAAUAAAUGCAUUUCUAUUUGAAAGUCA